AUGAGAAAGCGCCGCCAUAACACCGGUUGGAGAACUAAGAAAUGUUUCGGCAACUUAGACGGCAGUCUACCUGCCUUCCUUGCUGAUUGUGACUACAGUGUUUGCGCUGUAGGAGACAAGCAGGAUGGCGAGGUGAGAAGAGAUUUGAAUGGUUCUUCCAUUUAUGAACUGCUUGAGACAGAGGUCAACGGUCAGACGUUGUUUAAUAAGAACGGAAAGGGAUAUGAAAGCAAAACACUUUCUGAGCUGACCGGACACUUAAAACAUAUUACACGACAUGCCACUAACACUUCCACCUUCACCUAA